AUUUUAGUCAAAAUAUCUUUUGUUCGAAAACUUCAUAGCUCACCUACUCCCCUUAUCGUUUAGAUCUCGCUUUUACCUACAGAUUUACAUUUCUUUAGCAAUCCAAAUCGUCUCAGUAUGGCGACGGGGAAUCCUUUUAAGAGCAUAUUGAAAACUCUCGAGAGGCCCGACGGUGGUGAAUUUGGCAAGUACUAUAGCUUGCCUGCUCUUAACGAUCCUCGAAUCGAUAAGCUUCCAUAUUCCAUUAGGAUACUUUUGGAAUCGGCUAUUCGUAACUGCGAUGAGUUUGAAGUUAAGAGUAAGGAUGUUGAGAAGAUUAUUGAUUGGGAAAAUACGGCACCGAAGCAAGUUGAGAUUCCGUUUAAGCCAGCUAGAGUGCUUCUUCAGGAUUUUACUGGUGUUCCGGCUGUUGUUGAUCUUGCAUGUAUGCGAGAUGCUAUGAACAAACUUGGUGGUGAUUCUAAUAAAAUUAAUCCAUUGGUUCCUGUUGAUCUUGUUAUCGAUCAUUCAGUUCAGGUUGAUGUGGCAAGAUCAGAAAAUGCAGUGCACGCAAAUAUGGAACUUGAGUUCCACCGGAACAAAGAGAGAUUUGCUUUUCUCAAGUGGGGUUCUAAUGCUUUCCACAACAUGCUUGUUGUGCCACCUGGAUCAGGAAUUGUUCACCAGGUCAAUCUGGAAUACCUUGGAAGAGUUGUGUUCAACACAGAUGGGAUGCUUUAUCCUGAUAGUGUUGUGGGAACAGAUUCACAUACUACUAUGAUUGAUGGAUUAGGUGUUGCUGGCUGGGGAGUUGGUGGAAUAGAGGCAGAGGCUGCAAUGCUUGGCCAGCCUAUGAGCAUGGUCUUGCCAGGUGUUGUUGGGUUUAAACUAACUGGAAAACUGAGAGAUGGUGUGACCGCCACUGAUUUGGUUUUGACAGUAACCCAAAUGCUUAGGAAGCAUGGGGUUGUUGGCAAGUUUGUGGAAUUUUAUGGGGAAGGCAUGAGCGAACUUUCAUUAGCUGACCGUGCCACUAUUGCCAACAUGUCUCCUGAGUAUGGUGCAACCAUGGGAUUCUUUCCAGUGGAUCAUGUCACUCUGCAUUAUCUGAAACUGACUGGCCGAAGUGAUGACACAGUUUCCAUGAUAGAAUCCUAUUUGCGGGCUAAUAAGUUGUUUGUCGACUACAGUGAGCCUCAGAGCGAGAGAGUGUACUCUGCUUGUCUCGAACUGAAUCUUGAGGAUGUCGAACCAUGCAUUUCAGGGCCCAAGAGGCCACAUGAUCGAGUUACUUUGAGAGAAAUGAAAGCAGAUUGGCAUGCAUGCUUGAAUAAUAGAGUUGGAUUCAAGGGAUUUGCUAUACCCAAGGAAGCUCAAACUAAGGUUGUGGAGUUCUCAUUUCACGGGACUCCUGCACAGCUUAGGCAUGGGGAUGUUGUUAUAGCAGCUAUCACUAGUUGCACAAAUACCUCAAACCCUAGUGUAAUGCUUGGUGCUGCUUUGGUUGCAAAGAAAGCUUGUGAGCUAGGAUUGGAGGUCAAACCAUGGAUUAAGACAAGUCUUGCUCCAGGUUCUGGGGUUGUAACCAAGUACUUGCAGAACAGUGGCUUGCAGAAGUAUUUGAAUGAGCUUGGGUUCAAUAUAGUUGGUUAUGGAUGCACUACCUGCAUUGGAAACUCUGGAGAUAUUGAUGAAGCAGUGGCAGCAGCUAUCACUGAAAAUGAUAUUGUUGCGGCUGCUGUGUUGUCUGGAAACCGUAAUUUUGAGGGCCGUGUUCAUCCUUUAACGAGGGCUAAUUAUCUUGCUUCCCCGCCUCUUGUUGUUGCAUAUGCUCUGGCUGGCACUGUGAAUAUUGAUUUUGAAACAGAACCCAUUGGGGUGGGAAAAGAUGGAAAGAAGAUACAUCUCAGGGACAUCUGGCCAUCCAACGAAGAAGUUGCACAGGUUGUUCAAACAAAUGUGCUGCCUGAUAUGUUUAAGGCCACAUAUCAAGCUAUCACUCAAGGGAAUCCCAUGUGGAAUCAAUUAUCUGUACCUUCUGGCACUCUUUAUGCUUGGGAUCCAAAAUCAACUUAUAUACACGAGCCACCCUAUUUUAAAAGCAUGACCAUGUCUCCUCCAGGCGCCCAUGGUGUGAAAGGAGCUUACUGCUUGCUCAACUUUGGAGAUAGUAUUACAACUGAUCACAUCUCACCUGCUGGUAGCAUCCACAGGGACAGUCCUGCAGCUAGAUAUCUUAUGGAACAUGGUGUUGAUAGAAGAGACUUCAACUCUUAUGGAAGUCGCCGUGGUAAUGAUGACAUUAUGGCAAGGGGCACCUUUGCUAAUAUUCGUCUCGUCAACAAGUUGUUGAAUGGAGAAGUUGGGCCUAAAACAAUUCAUAUUCCCACUGGGGAAAAGCUCUCUGUGUUUGAUGCUGCCAUGAGGUACAAGAGCGAGGGGCACGAUAGCAUUAUUUUGGCCGGUGCUGAGUAUGGGAGUGGAAGUUCUCGUGACUGGGCUGCCAAGGGUCCAAUGUUACUGGGUGUGAAAGCUGUGAUUGCAAAAAGCUUUGAGCGAAUUCACCGCAGUAAUUUGGUGGGUAUGGGCAUCGUUCCCUUGUGCUUCAAGGCUGGGGAGGAUGCUGAUACUCUUGGAUUGACUGGGCAUGAACGGUACACCAUUGAUCUUCCAAGCAGUGUGAGUGAAAUUAGACCUGGUCAGGAUGUCACAGUGGUUACAGACAGUGGCAAAUCAUUCACAUGCAUCAUAAGAUUCGAUACAGAGGUGGAAUUGGUUUAUUUUGAUCAUGGAGGCAUUCUGCAAUAUGUCAUAAGGAACUUGAUCAAAGCGAAACAAUGAUUCGCCGGAAACCCCUUUUCUACAAUGGAUGGACUGCGCGGGUAGCAAAUUUUCUCAACAUCAUAUGGCAACAUGGUUCAUUGUUCCAAUGCUGAAGCAGACCAGAGCAAAUUUAAUGAAUAAACCAAGCAACUUAAUGGGUGCAGUCAUAUUGAAUUGCUUUUUAUUGGGAGGUUUUGAGAGCAGGACACUAAACACUUCAAUUUUCAAUAAUAAGAUAUCUGAUAGUACUUUUAUGGGACAAAAUUUUGAUGAAUAAAGAUUCCUGUUUAAUAUUCCACUUGUAA